CUUAUCAACACUCUUCUCUUAAUAAGAAAAUCGCCCACUAGUAACAUUAGGAAGUGGAAGUAGUACAAAUGUUCCAUCAAUCAGGUAAGCGGCAGUACGGCGGAUAAGCUAUAAUUGACGCCUGAUAGAAGGUGCCCCUUAUGACGCUUGCCUUGCAGUUGCUGGUCUAUAUAUAGAUUUCAGGAGAAACGUAUACACAAGCGCAUAACGGGACUAUUAACCUUACUUUCAAGAAUACUAAACCCCAAGGUAUUUGUAAAUUGUCAUUGGCGAAUGUGAAGUAAAGCAGCAUAGAUUAAACCAUCCAGCUCUGCUUAACGUAGUGUGGCCUCAGGCAAAUUGGAGCCUGAUCAUUUUCAUCUUCGCGACACUUCAAUUUGCAACUCCACUCGUCCCCAUUCCAGCUCUGCAACGACCCGCCAUCACUGAUUUUCUCCGGACUCCGAGGUACUACCGCUAGAGAGACUGUGCUUGAACCACUGUACGCCUGUUGUGAUCACCGACAAAUGCUCUCCACUUCGGUCGCGUCCCGAUCGGCGCUGUCGCGCAACCUUCGGGGACUUGUGAAGUGGUCGCGCCAGUCUUGCUGGACGAGCUCUUCGCUGUCCUGUCUUCUCCACGUGAAUAGCACCAUUCCCGUCCCCGAAGGGAGCUUAUACCGGGAUCUUGAGCUCUAAAACGGUCUUCCUUUUCGUCCACAUCGCUGUGCUGAAGGACAUUGCUGCUCGGGCGCUAAGCUAUCGGUUUUGGGAUACCUGACAGUCGACGCUUGGCAAUGACAGAACGCCGGAAUCCAUUCAUCCGUUUAAUAGGGAAGAGGGUGAAGAAGAACAUGAAAAAGGAAAUAAAAAGAAAAAGCAAGGCAAGGCGGGAGA